AUGCUCGGCGGAGCGCCCACGCGGAGCCCGGCGGUGGCUGCCGGCAUGUCGGGGCCGCGCUGCCCGCAGUGCGCCCAGCCCUGGGUGUCGCCGCGGCUGCUGCCCUGCCUGCACUCGCUGUGCGACCCCUGCCUGCGGCGGCUCGGGGCGCUGGAGGGGGAGCCGGGGGGCGCCGCCCGCCCCGUCCUGUGCCCGGUGUGCGACGCCGAGGUGUCGCUGCCGCCCGGGGGCGUGGGGCAGCUCACCCCCGACUGCCUGGCCGGGAGCCGCGCCGGGGCGGCCGCGGGCUGCGACCUCUGCGCCGACGGGGCGGCGGCCGGGCGGUGCCUCACCUGCGGGGUCCGCCUAUGCCCCUUCUGCUGCCGGGCUCACAGGAGACAGAAGAAGACAGCUUCUCAUGCUGUGAUGGAGCUGGAGAACACCAAGGAUUGCAGCCAGGCCGGGAAGCCUCUCUUGUGCCCUUCCCAUCCCACAGAGGAGCUGAGGCUGUUCUGCGAGCAGUGUGACCAGCCGGUGUGCCAGGAGUGCGUGUUAGGCAGACACCGUCAGCACCCCUAUGACUUCACCAGCAAUGUCAUCCACAGGCAUGGGGACGCCCUGCGGAAGCUGCUCAAGAACACCCAGCAGCACAUGGACACCCUGGAGGAUGUGCUGAGCCAGAUUGAUAAGAUGGGCAGUGCCGUCCGCAGCCGCGCGGAGGCUGUGGCCACAGAGAUCUGCUUGUUUGCCAGUGGCUACGUGCGAGCGAUUGAAGAGCACCGGGACCGGCUGCUGAAGCAGCUGGAGGACUUGAAGGUGCAGAAGGAAAACCUGCUGCACUUGCAGAAGGCUCAGCUGCAGCAGCUGUUGCUGGACAUGAGGACAGGUGUGGAGUUCACAGAGCACUUGCUGAUGAGCGGCUCCGAUCUGGAGAUCCUCAUCACCAAAGGGGUGGUGUCAAGCCGUCUGACAAAGCUGAACAGCGUUGCUUACAGCACCCACCCCAGCGUGGAUGACAGAAUCCAGUUCUCUGCCCAGGAGAGGGCAGGGCAGUGUUGUGGCUAUGCAGUUUUUGGGGCCGUUCUCAAUAAAGUGGUUGAUCCAGCCAGAUGUACCCUGCAUGGGGAAGGUCUCCACAGUGCCCGUCAGAACCAGCGGACUGGCUUUACCCUGCUCUGCAAUGACACCACGGGGGAGCGGAUGGGGCAAGGAGGAGAGGCUGUGCAGGUCACCAUCACCCACAAGGACAAGAGAGACUGUGCGGUCAAGCCAACAGUGUGUGAUAAUGGUGAUGGGACCUACUAUAUUUCCUACAGCCCUGAGGAGCCAGGCUUGUAUGCUGUCUGCAUCUCUGUGAAAGGGCAACAUGUACAGGGCUCUCCGUUCACUCUGAAGGUGAAACACAAGUUCCGUGAGCACCAAGGUGUGUUCCACUGCUGCACGUUCUGCUCAAGCGGAGGGCAGAAAGCUGCUCGCUGUGCCUGUGGUGGGACCAUGCCAGGUGGGUACCAAGGCUGUGGCCAUGGACACAAAGGUCACCCUGGCUGCCACCACUGGUCGUGCUGUGGACAAGUGAAGCAGAGCUCAGAGUGUCUGGGUGGGCCACCCAGUGACACGUCAUCCAGGAGUUUGCUCAGGACAGUGGCGCUCUGAGCAGCCAGGUGAACUCCUGCGAGCCCAGGGCGCUGCUGCUGGCUGCUGCAUGAGCACCAACCAAGAUGACCCCUGUGAUCACUGCAUAGCCUCGCUGCCAGAAAACUACAUUGUGCUGGAUGUGACCUGAGAAAGGGGGAUGAGGGAAAAUAAAAUUGUGCCUUAUGUUCCA